AUGUACGCGCUCACCGAUCCGCAGGUGAGCCACGCGCUCGCGGGAUCCGGCGCUGGCGCCAUCGCGGCGACGAUCGUGUGCCCCCUGGACGUCCUGAAAACCAGGCUGCAGGUGUCCACCCUGCGCGUCGGGGGCGACGCGUACGUGUCGACGCUUCAAUCGCUCUCCGCCAUCGCGAGGACGGAGGGCUUUGUCGGGCUCUACCGAGGGCUGACGCCGACGAUCGUGGCGCUGUUACCCAACUGGGCCGUCUACUUCACCGUCUACGAGGGUCUCAAGGAGUUCAUGGAGCCCGUGGGAGCGGCAGGGAGCCAAUCGUGGUCGUCGCCGCAUCUCAGGCACAUGGUGAGCGCCGCCGGCGCUGGCGUCGCCACGGUGCUCGUGACUAACCCGCUGUGGGUCGUCAAGACCCGGCUUCAGGUGCAGCACUCGGAGGCGCUGCGGGCGUCCAUGCCGACGCGGGUGCCCUACAGCGGCGCGUUCUCGGCGCUCGGGCGCGUCGCCGCGGAGGAGGGCGCCAGGGGAUUGUACAGCGGUUUGGCGCCGUCGUUGGCUGGGAUAUCGCACGUCGUCAUCCAGUUUCCAGUGUACGAGCAGCUCAAGCUGGAGCUCGCGUCGAGGCGGGGUAAGGCGACUGGCGAUCUCACGCCGACGGAGCUCGUGGUGGCGUCGGCGGUGGCCAAGAUGGUGGCGAGCAGCGUGACGUAUCCUCACGAGGUGAUACGAUCGCACAUGCACGUGCAGGGCCUGGGUCCGUUUGAGGGCCUGUUCGGUCUGAUCGGGAGGAUAUACAAGGACGGCGGGGGAUGGAGGGCGUUCUACCGGGGCGUGGGGACUAACCUGGUCAGGACCACGCCCGCGGCGGCGAUUACGUUCACGAGCUACGAGCUCAUAUCUCGUCAGCUCAGGGACAUAGGAGCGUUCUACCGGGAUUCGCAAGGUUAG